CAUCUUAAACAUGUUACAGCAGUAAAGUUAGUUACAAAUAGUCAAAACAAAUAGUCGUAGUGUACGCACGUGUGCACAAAUUAAUAUUUAAGUUAUAUAUUUCUAAAUAUAUUUGCUAGUGAAAUUUACGGGAGCCCUAAAUUUUAUAAAACGUGGUUAUUUAUUUGAUUGUUCAGCCCUGCAUAGAUUUUUUGCAAACUCCCUCGCUACUCUUCCCGCGCCCAGUUUCAUAUUUUUUUUUAAGCGGUUGCAGCGCUCAAGGAAAAGUGUAAAUUUUUUGUGAUAUCCUUUUUUAGUCUCGACCUAAUAUAUAAAUUAAAACAAUGGCACAACAAUUGGAUCAAAUCAUCGAGGGUCUGCUCUGCUCAGAUAACAAUAGGAUACAGUUGGCCACUGCCGAAUUAGCUAAGGCCUAUGAGGAUCCAGAGACUUUAUGGACAUUGUGCCAAAUUAUCGUAUCGCCACGUGACACACAAGUACGGCAGUUGUGUGCCGUUUUAUUGAACAAGCGUAUAAUGAAGCUUCGUCACUGGCAAAUGGUUCCGCAACAGCAGCAGGAAGCCAUCAAACAAGCCAUCAUGGAGGCCCUUAUAUUGGAGAAAGAGAAAGCGGUUAAGAACUCAAUUGCGCAAUGUGUAGGCUCCGUGAUCCGUCAUGACUCUUCUACGAAGGACGUAUGGCUAGGGCAAGUUCUGAAAUUCAUUUACGAACGUUGCAGUCUGCCCGAUGCGAAAGAAAGUGAGCUCGGAUCAUCGACUUUUGCCACAUUAACUGAUUCAGCGCCCGACCAAUUUGUCAAUCACAUGGAUUCGAUUUGCGAAAUGUUUGCCUCAGUCCUUGUUAAUGCUGAGACGCGGGGAGAUUUGGCUUCACCCACUGUAUCCAACAUGAUAGUUGGCAUGUCUAAUCUAAUGCCAUUUGUCAGUGGUCACACAACAGCCGAACAGACUGUGCUCAAGGUGAUGCCGUUGCUUAUCAAAGCAGUUUCGGCAUUCGUCGUUAAAGGGAAUGCAGAUGAUUUUUCUGUCGUUUUCGACAUAUUUGACUGCAUGGCCGAAUAUGUUCCCAAGUUGUUCAAUAACAACAUAAAACCUUUAAUGGAGUUCUGCCUGACCACCGCCAACAACAAGCAGAUCGAAGAUGCCAUUCGAAUUCAAGUAGUGAUAUUGAUUGGUCGCAUUGUGCGGCUAAAAAAGAAGGACAUAGCCAAACAAAAAUUAUUGGAGCCAAUUCUACAGGUUAUCUUUGAAAUGAUGUGCUGUGAAACUGACAGUGAUGAAGCCGAGGAACUUUCCACCGAUGGUAAUUGUCCCGUCACAGCGGCCACACAAACUCUUGAUUUAUUGGCCUUAAACAUGUCGCCAGAAAAGCUGAUACCUCCACUACUGCAAUUGCUGGAACCGGCUCUCCAAAAUGCUGAUCCCUACCGUCGUCGAGCAGCCUUCCUUUGUAUGGCUGUCAUUGCCGAGGGCUGUGCUGAAACCAUAUGCAGCAAAUAUCUAGAGAUAAUGCUAAACAUUAUAAAGAGUGGUAUAGCCGAUCAAGCGCCUGUAGUUCGCAAUGCUGCCUUUUUCACUUUGGGCCAGUUUUCUGAGCAUCUACAACCAGAAAUAUCCAAAUUCGCUCCACAGAUAUUGCCCGUUCUUUUUGAUUUUCUACAUCAGUUGGUUGUGGAGCUAAAGAUGGGUCAACCCGAACCGAAACAUUUGGAGCGCAUGUUUUAUGCUUUGGAAACGUAUUGCGAAAAUUUGGAAGAUAAUAUUGUGCCGCAUUUGCCAUUGCUGAUGGACCGACUUUUCGAAACUUUGGAUAACAAUAAUUCGCCGCGCUUGCGAGAAUUAGCCUUGUCGGCUGUCGCAUCUACUGCCACGGCAGCGAAAGAACAUAUGAUGCCAUAUUUUCCAAGAAUUGUGACCAUAUUGCAGGCAUAUUUGGUAAAGGAGUGUGCUGAGGAAGCGAAUUCUUUGCGUAUUCAAGCAAUCGAUACAUUGGCCGCAAUUACCCGAGAGGUAGGAAAGGAAAAUUUCAUACCAUUGGCAAAUGAUACAAUGGCAUAUUGCUUGAUGAUGUUGUCAGAGGGUCCAGACGAUCCAGACUUCCGUCGCUCCAUUUACAAUUUAAUGGGUGCUCUAUCCAAAGUGGUCAAUGAAAGCAUGGCUAAUGUGUUCCCCAAGAUAAUGGAUCGUGUGAUAGAAUCUGUUAUUUCUUCUGAAGAUAUUCUGCCCAUUGUUCAGGAUAGUGCCGCACGCUCCUUGUACUUAGAGGGAGAAGAAAAUGGAUUUGACAGAGAAAUCGAUCUAGACAAUACAGACGAUGAAGAUGAUGACGAUGAGCUCGAUGGUUUUACAGUCGAGAACGAUUUUGUCAUUGAGAAAGAAGAGGCCAUUUUGGCUCUUAAAGAAUUCGCAACCAAUACCGGCAGUGCUUUUGCCCCCUAUCUGCAAUCGGCCUUCGAGAAUGUGUACAAAGUGAUAAAUCAUCCCCAAGACGCAAUUCGUAAAGCAGCCGUGGAAACCAUAUGUGAAUUUGUGGCCGCAUUGCAUCGUCUAGGUGAUACUGACGGAGUGAGGCGGGCAAGUGAGAUUGCCAUGCCAAAAUUUGCACAAAUAAUUCGCAAAGAUGAGGAACGUACUGUGGUUAUCCAUUUGCUUGAAGUGAUGACUGAUUUAUUCAAAGAGAUUAAGACAGCGGCUGUCCCUUCGCAAGAGAUAAGUGAACUAAUCUUUAAUUGCAUUAAAGAUGUAUUGAACGCAAAAAUGGCAUGUCAAUUCAAUGAGCCAAGUGAAGCCGGCGAUGAAGAAGACCCAGAGGAUAGUGAAUACGACGAGAUGCUUAUUGAGAAUGCUGGCAAUUUGUUUCCCAUGUUCGGACUUGCCAUUCAACCAGAACAGUUCUCAUUGUAUUUUGGCAGAAUUUUCAAUAUCUUUACCAAUAAGUUGAACAAGGCCAAGCGUAACGAUUCUGCCGAUCAGAGAGCUUUUGUCUAUGGCGUUUUGGCCGACUCCUUUAAAUCUUUGGGCUCCUGUGUGGUCACCUAUUUUGACAUCCUCUGCCCCUUGUUCAUAGCCGGGGCAACCGACAAGGAUGCCAAGGCUCGUCAAAACUGCUACUUUGGCUUGGGUGAGCUGGUACUCUUCGCGGAGGAAAAAUCGUUUGAAACUUACCCUGUAAUUUUGCAAACUCUCUCCAAUGCCAUAUCAAAGGAGCCGAAUCCUUCGGCAAUGGAUAAUAUAUGCGGCGCCGUGGCCCGUCUUCUGGUGCUUAAUCAUGAAGCUGUACCUAUAGCUCAAGUUCUGCCAGUCUUUCUUGGCCAUUUACCAUUGCGCGAAGAUACUGAAGAGAAUGAUAUGAUUUUGAAGGCAUUCCGUGCUCUCUAUAUGAAAGCGCAACCCAAUAUUGUAGACUUCAUCGAACAGAUGCUGGCAAUUGUCAUUGAUGUUCUAUAUAAAAAACAGAUGCCAGAUAAAGAAAGCACAGCCAGUGCCAUUGAAUUCGUCAAAGAGAUCCGUCAGCAAUACCCAAAUAAGUUUAAUAAUGUUACCAAUUCGAAUCAGGAUGUGUAUGCUUUUGUAAAUUCUCUGUAAAAUGACAUCCAAAUUUUCGCUCACCUUCUACCUACUUACAUAUACUCGCACAGCAUAGCCGCCAACCCAGUUAAUUAGAUACAUACUUUGCAACCGCAAACAGAACACCAUGAAUAAAAAACGAAUAGUACGAAAUGGAAAA